UCGGACAUUUUAUUUUUCUCGGACCCAAACACACCCUGCGCAUAGCCUUCCCCCCUCCCUCUCUCUCUCUAAAUUCCUUUACUUUCCCGGUUACUAUCCGGUUUAAUCUCCGAUCAGGUAAACCCUAAUCGCUCUCUAUCUCCUCUAACUUUUUAUAUACUUAUAUGUAACCACACAAGCAACAACGAUUCAAGAGAAAAGUGCAGGGUUUUUUGUGAUAAGUUAUAGGUUUCGAAUUAGAGAAAGAUGGAUCACCAUGAAGAUGAGAGCCGUGGUGGAAGUGAAACUCCUAGAAAGGAAGACGAUGAGGAAGCUGUUGCUCGACUUGAGGAAAUGAAGAAAUCUAUCGAGGCAAAAGUUGCUCUUCGUCAAAGCAAUUUGAACCCUGAAAGGCCUGACUCAGGAUUUCUCAGGACAUUGGAUUCCAGCAUUAAGCGCAAUACAGCAGUUAUUAAAAAAUUAAAGCAGAUAAAUGAGGAACAGAGGGAAGGACUGAUGGAAGAGUUGCGAAAUGUGAACCUUAGCAAAUUUGUCAGUGAAGCUGUAACAUCCAUUUGUGAUGCGAAACUUAGAACUUCUGACAUACAAGCAGCUGUUCAGAUCUGUUCACUGCUUCAUCAACGAUACAAAGACUUCUCGCCGAGCCUAGUACAAGGGCUCUUGAAAGUCUUUUUUCCUGUAAAAUCUGGAGAAGACUUGGAUGUGGACAAGAACUCAAAGGCUAUGAAGAAGCGAAGCACCUUAAAGCUGCUUUUGGAACUUUUCUUUGUUGGAGCUACAGAAGACAGCAGUGUUUUCAUCAAUAUUAUUAAGGAUCUUACCAGUGCAGAGCACUUAAAGGACAGAGAUACUACCCAGACAAAUCUGACUCUCCUUGCUAGUUUUGCUCGACAAGGAAGAGUUUUUCUGGGACUUCCACUAUCUGGACAAGAAAUUCAUGAAGAGGGCCUUAACAUCACGACAGAUCAAAAGAAAACCUUCAGGAAGGCCUUCCACGCAUACUAUGAUGCUGUCGCUGAACUACUUCAGUCAGAUCAUGCAUCACUUCGUCAAAUGGAGCAUGAAAAUGCAAAGAUUUUGAAUGCUAAAGGAGAGCUGAGUGAUGAAAACGUUUCAUCAUAUGAAAAGCUGCGAAAAUCUUAUGACCAUUUGUACCGUAAUGUGUCAUCUUUAGCAGAAGCACUUCAUAUGCAACCUCCAGUGAUGCCAGAAGAUGGUCAUACAACUAGGCUUACUAGCGGAGAGGACAUAUCAUCGCCUGCUGCAGGGAAAGAUUCUUCUGUCCUCGAAGCUUUGUGGGAUGAUGAAGAUACUAGAGCCUUCUAUGAAUGCUUACCGGAUCUCAGAGCAUUUGUUCCAGCAGUGUUAUUGGGAGAGGCAGAACCCAAAGCGAAUGAUCAUUCUGUGAAGACUCAAGAUCAACAAAGUGAGCUGGCACCUGAAUCAGACCAAGGCCAAUCCACCCAAGACAUGGCAGAGGUUACUGCAGAGUCUGGCACUUUGCAGGAGGGAAAAAGUACGGAGAAAGGAAAGGAUAAGGAAGAGAAAGAUAAAGAGAAAGUAAAAGAUCCUGAAAAAGAGAAAGGCAAGGAAAAAGAUGCGGAGAGAAAAGGAGAAAAUGAGAAGGAGAAACUCAAAAGUCUUGAAGGGACUAAUCUGGAUGCUCUGUUACAGAGGCUCCCUGGUUGCGUCAGCCGUGACCUAAUUGAUCAAUUGACUGUAGAGUUUUGUUAUUUUAAUUCAAAGUCAAAUCGGAAAAAGCUUGUGAGGGCAUUAUUUAAUGUACCCAGGACAUCUCUGGAACUGCUACCAUACUACUCACGCAUGGUUGCUACUCUCUCAACUUGCAUGAAGGAUGUGUCUUUCAUGCUCUUACAGUUGUUAGAGGAGGAGUUCAAUUUCUUAAUUAAUAAAAAGGACCAAAUGAACAUUGAAACGAAGAUCAGAAAUAUUAGAUUUAUUGGAGAGCUAUGCAAGUUCAGAAUUGCACCAGCAAGCACUGUUUUUAGUUGCUUGAAGGCUUGUUUGGAUGAUUUCACUCACCAUAACAUUGAUGUUGCUUGCAAUCUUCUUGAGACAUGUGGCCGUUUUCUGUAUCGUUCUCCUGAAACUACUGUGCGCAUGGCUAAUAUGUUGGAGAUACUUAUGCGCUUGAAAAAUGUCAAAAAUUUGGAUCCUCGGCAUAGCACCCUUGUAGAAAAUGCUUACUAUCUGUGCAAACCACCUGAAAGGUCUGCACGAGUGUCUAAAGUCCGUCCUCCCUUGUAUCAGUAUAUCAGAAAAUUACUAUUCUCCGAUCUAGACAAGUCUUCUAUUGAGCAUGUGCUCAGGCAACUUCGUAAAUUACCAUGGAGUGAAUGUGAGGCAUACCUUUUAAAGUGCUUUAUGAAGGUUCAUAAAGGGAAGUAUGGUCAAAUUCACUUGAUUGCUUCUCUCACUGCUGGCUUGAGCCGUUAUCAUGAUGAAUUUGCAGUGUCGGUUGUUGACGAGGUUUUGGAGGAGAUUAGGCUUGGGCUUGAAUUAAAUGACUAUGGGAUGCAGCAAAGGCGCAUAGCCCACAUGCGAUUCUUGGGGGAACUAUACAAUUAUGAACAUGUGGAUUCUUCUGUGAUUUUUGAGACUCUCAACUUGAUCCUUGUCUUUGGUCAUGACACUCCGGAGCAAGACGUGCUAGAUCCACCGGAGGAUUGUUUCCGCAUCAGGAUGGUUAUCAUUCUUCUGGAGACUUGCGGACACUACUUUGACCGAGGUUCUUCUAAGAGGAAACUUGAUCGAUUUUUAAUGCACUUUCAGAGGUAUAUUCUCAGCAAAGGUGCACUACCUCUUGAUGUUGAAUUUGACUUGCAGGACUUAUUUGUGGAAUUACGUCCAAAUAUGAUACGAUAUACAUCCAUUGAAGAAGUUAAUGUUGCUCUUAUAGAACAUGAGGAGAAUGAACGUAUUGUCUCCACUGACAAGGCCAAUAGUGAAAAGCACUCUGACAUUGAUAAACGAUUGAGUAGGACUGCUUCCAGUAUCAUAUCUGCCAAUGGACAAAGAACCACGAAUGGGAAUGAGGAAAAUGGAUUGCAUGACAUUGGUGGCAGUGACACUGAUUCAGGCAGUGGCACCAUUGACCAGGAUGGACAUGAUGAAGAAGAGUUAGAUGAAGAGAAUCAUGAUGAUAGGUGUGACACGGAAGAUGAGGAUGAUGAUGGGGGUGGACCUGCUUCUGAUGAGGAUGAUGAAGUCCACGUCAGACAAAAGUUUGCAGAGGCGGACCCUCAUGAAGUAGCUAGUUUUGAGCAGGAGUUGAGGGCUGUAAUGCAGGAAAGCAUGGAGCAACGCAGGCAGGAACUCCGUGGUCGGCCAGCAUUAAAUAUGGUGAUACCCAUGAACUUGUUUGAGGGGUCCCCUAGGGAUCAUCAUGGAAGGGGGGUUGGAGGGGAAAGUGGUGAUGAGGAUGAGGAGGCUGGAGGAAACAAGGAUGUUCAGGUGAAAGUUCUUGUGAAGCGUGGGAAUAAGCAACAAACAAAGCAGAUGUACAUUCCUAGGGAUUGCUCUCUUGUGCAGAGCACAAAACAGAAAGAAGCAGCCGAGUUUGAAGAGAAACGAGACAUCAAGAGACUGGUGUUGGAGUAUAAUGAUAGAGAAGAGGAGGAGAAUAACGGGUUGGGGAAUCAGACGUUGAAUUGGAUGCCAGGUGGUACCAGCAGAGUUACCAGCCGCAGCAGCACAUGGGAAGGAAGUAGAGGAAGAGGUGCUGGGUCACGAUACGGGUAUUAUCAUCAUUCAGGCAGUGGACUCUAUCAUGGCAGAAGAAGGUGAUUGUUUGGAGAGGAAAUGAAAUGUUUGACUUGCUGGCACUUCUAUUAGACAAGGCAGUGGAGUCGAUUGCAGAAAAAAAGGAUCUUUAACAACAGAAGAAAUUAAUUACAGGGUUUUUUUUAUUUGGAAAUAUAGAUCAACAUCAAUUACCCCGCUGUGAUUGAUCAGGGUGCAGUAUGCCUUGAGGUCGAUUCUGAAAGAUACUGCAAAUCUUGGCAUUCAUUCUCAAUCACGAGGUACAGAAGCCAUCCGUUAUAGCAGGAAGAAUUAUGUUCCCCUCUGUUGAUAAAUCGGCAGGUUGAUAUCUCGAUCAGAGUGUGUUGAAUGCAGAACGAAGUUGUACAUAGAAUUGUUUAUGUAUGCUUGCAGUGUGGUCAUUCUGAAACAUAUACGGGGUGUGGUUGUAAUUAAAAUUGUGCAUACUCCUAAUUGGUUAUGUCUGUUGCGUCCGUUGUUUACAUGUGAAAGUUUGCCUCAUGUAGUGUCUAAUAUUUUCAGGUCGUGCUUCUAGCUUGUGGUAAUGGUGUAGGCUGCCCCAGUAUUGCUGACAAAGUAAAUGAUAAAGAACGUCAUACCAUAGAUUUACUCUA